AUGGCUUCAUGUGAAUUUUCUAAGAAUGUCGGAGGUGAUUGUGGAGCAAGCCUAGUACUUCCAAGUGGUGAUUUGUGUGUAAGAAUUUCUGAAUGCUCUAAGGACAUCAAAGGCCACCUCAAGACGUGCGGCGUUUCAGAUGGUACACUAUGUUCGGAGGCGACGCUUCUGUUGGCGCGUGCAGGUAAAUCAAAUUGUAUUCGAGUUUUACCUGUAGCACGAAUGAAACAGUUAUUUUAUUCAACUUAUGUAACAAAAAUGUGCCUAAUUGUAGGUAUCUUUGAGGAACAAGAGCAAUAUUUUAAUCUCUCUAUUUGCCCAAGACACCGCGAUGCAUUUGGUCUUUGAUGGCGAAGCAACCGAAAAUUAUGUUCUUCUCCAAGUUCAUGGGCUUUUCACAGAAAAGCCAAUGUGAAGGGCGAGCGAGGGAUUACACUGACACAGUCUCACCGCCUCUACAUGGCCUGCAAAAUCGUCAUCCCUGUUGGCUCAAGUAAGUUAGUUGAAAGUGGAAAUAGUGCCGGCCACACCCUGUCCAUUUUCCCCUUUUGAACCUGACGCCUCUAAUUUUUUAAGGCUUAGACCAUUUAUUCACUUAGAAUACUUGUUAGGCUGCUUUAUAUAUUUAGUUCGAUAUUUAAAAAAUAAUAAGUAGUUUCUUAGAAAUCGAUUUUGAGAUAAAUAUUAGCGAUAAAAAAUCACGACGUUUCGACCUCGCCGACGUCAUUUUCAAGUGUAUAAAAGUUCUCUAAAUUAGCAUAAAUAAGUUAAAAACAAGUUAUAAUACAUAAAAAUGUGGUGAACGCUAAAAUGUGAUAAAAUAUGUAAAAAUGUAAAAAGUGCUAAAAAUAUUUAUAAAGUCAAAAAACAAUAGAAAUAAAACAAUGUUAACAAUUGCCUGCGUGCAGACGUCUCCUAUUUCCUUUGUUGCACGCGGAAAAGGGACGUCUGCGUAACGCCGUCGCUAAUCGUGUUCCAGCGUCCCGCUGGCAGGGAAUUCUAUUUCGCAUAAAUUGUGAAAUAAUAUCCGGUUUGUAAUAAGAGUUGACAGGCCAAACACAACAUCAUAAGCUCGUGAUAAUGCGAAACGUGACCUUGAGAGUCUGCUUGAACAGAGGUUUUUCUUCUUUUCUCUCUCGCACUACACAGUGCAUGUAGCAGUCUAAAUUUUGACUGAGUAAAUCUCGUUUUUGCCGCACUAAGUCUUACAUUUAGAGGUCAUGAAGCAGGUUUGUUACAUGCACACUGAGUAAUCAUUUCCUGUGGUUUAUGCUUCUGUGGGUGUUCCUGAUAGGAUUUGAUUUCAGAUGCAGUUCUAAAGUGUUUAAAUUUUCUUUGACCUCUGUUUGUUACGGCUAAAUAAAGAUUUUAGUUAUUUUGGCUGGCUCUCUCCGAAAUGCCUGCCUGGUGCUAAGUCCACGCCGCUUUUGUACGGUCUGCACACAAUGGCACAUGUUUUGAUUUGCUUUGACUGGAAAAUCCCGAUUACAUAAAUCACUGCAUACAUUAUCAGACCAGAUUCAAUAACAACCAAUCAGCGUUAAGUCGAACAAUGCUCACUGUGUGUCAGCCUAUCACAGCAUGUUCCCAAGAUCUUGGGAACCCAGCGGGACACUGGAACACGAUUAGCGACGGCGUUACGCAGACGUCCCUUUUCCGCGUGCAACAAAGGAAAUAGGAGACGUCUGCACGCAGGCAAUGUUAACAAGAACUACUCUAAACAAAUAAUUUGGCGCGAAUUGAAUCGCACUGUUUGUUAAGCGUCGGUUUCAGUUCUUGGAUAAAAAACAUUUCAAAAAUAAGGCAGUCAAAUUUGUUCUGACACUUUCUUAAGAUUCUAAAACUUUGUGCGAUGUCUUCAGGCUCCAUAUCAUGCUGCUCUCUGAGGUGGUUUCCGAUUGCCGAUCCAGUUCUGGUUACAGCACGGACUGAUUUUUUCAAAUUUCAUCCGCUCAUGAUUACUGCACAUAACAGGUAAUGGCCACCGUGAAAGAGAGAAAGAGAAAGUUUAUGCAGAAACAUUAUUAAAAUAAAGUCGAUCGAGAAGAACGUUAAUAGAAUUUCCAUUGCUUUUUCCGCCUUUUCGUGCAUGCCUUACACGUAAACUCGGCCCAGUCCUCGCUCACUUAUCUUUUCUAAUAUCCCAGGCAACACAGUAAAAAUCGUGCUUGUUUGUCAAGAUUUGUGCUGCUUGCUGUUAUGACCAAAAGGCCUCUACGUUUUUAUCAUCUUAUAUUAUUUUGCUGACUUGUUACUGCAGUGUACCAAGUUUCAUCGAAAAGAUUCUUUUCCUUGGGAAUUCAUUAUUGAUGUCACUUAAAAGUCAUUGUUCGUUUGACAAGUACAUAUUAUUAUUAUCAUUAUCAUUAUCAUUAUCAUUAUCAUUAUCAUUAUAUCAAGUGACUCUGUUACUGUCAUUGUUUAUCUCUGAUUUAGGGCACAAGAAAAAACAAAAGGUAUUUACAAAUCAUAAGCAAGAGACUUACAGAAACUAGGACGUUGGAAGUGAAAACAGCUUUAGUUUUUUUUGUUUUUGUUUUUACCGCGAGUCUCUUUUUUUUUAAAGUAGUAAACCAAACCUUUUCCCAAAAUUUCAGGGGACGGUGAACGAUGAAUUCAUGGAAUUAUAUACAGGAAUAAUGGAAAUGUCAUCGAAAGAUGAAAGUUUAUUCGUUCCAGACGAAGACAGUGUCAGUAGCAGUGACGAGGAAUCAUCGACCGCGGUGACGGAAGAGCCUAGUAACGAAUAUAUACGAAGAGAGCACCUUAACAGAUUUCUUGAAACUUGUAACGUCCAAAAAUUAACUCGACCAAGGAAGAGAUGGGCCGAGGCAGGUGCGCGCACGCAUAGCAACCACGUGAAAAAGGCUAAAGGCGUUAUUGUAGCGGCUUUAGAUGUUAUCACGCCUGGUGAUGCGGCUCAUUUAUGGGAUGCACUUCAGUCUUCAAUGCUUGUCGACAAAGAGCUUGGAUAUGAAGGUAGUGCCGACCGCAAAUAUCUUGAAGCCUUGGCAGAAACAUACAAAAAUGCAUCCGCCUGGGAUACUAGAAGACAAGUCUUGUCCAUAAUGGCUGAUCUAGUCCCCAUCGAACGCCUUCAGAGGUAUCUACCUGGUAUCACUGAGUACCGAGUGAAAACUGCGCGACUGCACAAACAUGUUUAUGGUCGAGGGAAUCCACUUCCAUCAAGGUAUAGUCCCCGAAUGAGAGUAGAGGCCACCCAGCUUGAUCAUUUUUUGACGUUUAUAACAAGUCCGCACAUCAUACAAGAUCUUCCAUUUGGGCAAAAGUACUUAAAGCUUUCAACUGGCGAAGUACUGGAGACACCAAACGUAAUUCGAAGUAUGAUUCCAGAACGUAUUGUUAAGCAGUACACUAAAUACUGCGACGAAUUCGGGUUCAAACCAUUUGGACGUACAACAAUGUUGGCUAUCCUCGCAGCCUGUAGUGCCACCGUAAGAAAGUCGUUGCAAGGAAUCGACUAUAUUGCCGCAGAAGGAGGCAAAGCUUGCGACGACCUAUGUCAUGUGGUGAAGCGACUAGAGGAAUAUGGGGUAUUGAAGACAGAUGUUUCUGAGCUGUGGAGAAGUUGUGUAAAGAGUGCAAAGCAAUAUAUAAAGUCAGAUUACAAGGUAUUCAAGGCUAGUCUCAUAAUGGAACAAAACAACAAAAACGUCAAUUUCCCUGUAAUGUUCCUUAUAAAAUUCGGUGCAAUUGCACAGUAUGAUGGAAAAAAUAGACCUAAUUGGAUGUAUUCAGUCCACAUGACCAUUUACCGUUGCCGUCAAUUUUGACUUUUCUGUCAUGAAGCAUACUUUUGCACUAUUUUACCUUUGUCGUUUAAAAUUAUUUCGCUUAUUGCUUUUAUUACAUUUUUGUUACAUAGGUGCACGUAUCUCCCUCUUCGCCCGUGGCUGACCACUGUAGCGUAUACGCUCUAA